AUGAACCCGUUACCGAAGUUAUUAGAAGACUGCCUCAUUUACACGAAGCAUGUAAAGCGUGCGGCGAUAAUCGUGGCUAAAACUGGCGACAUAACGGCUGCGUCCAAUUUUACAGUCUGUCCUGAAGAAAUACAAAUAUUUCUCGACGCUUUCAAACACCUAAAUGAAACGAUGAAGAAGGGACUGAUCUUCAGGGACAAACCCUACACCUGUGUGCGUGCUGACAAACUCUCCAUCUACGCCAAAUGCGAAGGACGUGGCCUGAUACUGGUGAGAACUGCACUGUAUGUGAUUGUUGCCACAUACUCACAAAGCAUGCAUCCAAGUAUCUGUGUGGAAGCAGUUGAAAAACUAGGUGAUUAUCUGCGUGAAAAGGGAAAAUGAAGCACAUCUUUUCAGAGGAGAAGAGGAUCUUCAGUGUGAUUGUAUAAGGAUUGAUGAGAAACUGUGAUAUGUCUCUGCUUAGAUAUACUGGAACAAAAAGGUAGGUUGUUUCAGUACUGCUCAGACAAACAAGAACGCAUGUUUUAGAUUCAUGUAGUGGGAUUUUAAU